AUGCAUGAGAUGCUAUUUCCUGGUCUUAUUCUAACUGCAGUUGGUGGUGGAUGUUAUAUGUCAACUCUGGUCAAGGUACUGAGAUUACUAGGCAUAUCCAUGCAAUAUUAAAAAUAUCAAGCGAGGUUUUAUAUAGAAGAAAGGUUUACUGAUUCUUUCUACACGAUCUGUCAACAAUCUGUUCUCUAUUCCAGCAUAGAUUACUCAGCCAGGGAGGCGGUGAAGUAGAAAUAAGCGAAGUUGCCAUCAAGGUUGGCAUGGAUGGGUCUCCUCUAGAGAAUGUUCGUAAAUUUGAGUUAUUAGCGCUUCAUUUUCUUCACGAAACACAAACAAUGUUUGUACUUAAAUUUCAGGGGGAGCAGUGCUGGGAAUGGCGGAAAAUUGAUCAGCCAAGUGACGUGCACCUAUAAAUUAGGCCCUGUUUUGCUGUUGGGACAACCAACUGGCAGUACAUGGUAUGCGAAUGAGCAUGACGAAAAUGGAAGUGCUAAAUGUCUCAAGAAGACAACCAGUACCAAGGCUGGAGAUUAUAGUGGAUGGACAGCAAAUGGAACAAGCAAUAGCCUUCAGCCAGGUUGUAGCUAG